AUGUUUAAUAAUUAUCUAUGCACCAGCACAUUCAAACUAACACUAUAAAAAGUAAGGAAUUGCUUAGUGGAAAAAUAACUAUUUUUCAUUAUUACUAAUCGAUUAGAAUGUUCAUAUAAAGGUGAAACAUGUGAAAGCUAAGCAGAAAGGUGUUUGACUUGUCCAUUAAAUUCCUUAUGUAUACUUGAUUCUGUUAAGGGGUUUUUUUGUCCAGGAGAAUAUUAUGAUAAAGAAGAUUAAGUUUUUUGUCAAAGUAAUUUGCAUAUAGGCAUUUUAGGAUACCAUUUGAAUUGUAAAUCUUGAGAUGGAAAGGCUCAAGAUAACUGCCUCACUUGUGAUUCUCUUGCUAAAAGAGAUUUAAAAAUAAUGAAUGCAAAUGUUAACCACAUUUUUUAAAAUGUAAGUUUAGGAAGGCACUAGUAAUAAUAUUGGAUCUAAAAAUUAGAAUCUAAUGCAUUUUGUUAUAAUUGGUAUUGAAUAAUAUGAAUGUGUCAACAGUUAUGAAAAUUGUAUGAAAUAAUGA